AUAACCACUGGGGGUUCCACAACUGGAGGAUCAACAACCACUGGAGGAUCAACAACCACUGGAGGAUCAACAACCACUGGUGGAUCAUCAACUAGGGAAGGUGUGACAAGCACCGGAGAUUCAUCAAUAACUGGAGGUUCAGCCACAACUGGUAUUUCAACAAUGACUCAACCGUCAUCAACCACUGGAGUUUCAACAACAACUGGUGGAUCGACAACUGGCAGUUCUACAACAACUGGAGGAUCAACAGCUGGAGGGUCAACAACAGCUGGGGGAUCAACAACCACAGAAGGAUCAACUACUGGAGGGUCAGUAACAACAGCAGUGUCAACAUUAGAUGUGGAAUCAACAACCACUGGAGGAUCAACAACCACAGGGGGAUCCACAAUGACUGCAGGAUCAACAACCACUGGAGGAUCAACAACCACUGGAGGAUCAACAACUACUGCAGUACCAACAACCACUGGCGGUCCAACAACAACCGCUUUAAUCGCAACUCCUAAUCCAGUUGUAGUUUUCACGGCCACAAUAGUAGAGCCAUUCACUGCAGGAUCAACAACCACUGGAGGAGCAACAACCACUGGAGGAUCAUCAACCACUGGAGGAUCAUCAACCACUGAGGGUUUAACAGCUGGAGGUUCAACAACCACUGGAGGAUCAACAACCACUGGAGGAUCAACAUCAACAGGAAGUUCAACAACAGGAGUAUCAACAACAACAGGAGGAUCAACAACCACUGGAGGAUCAACAACAACUGGAGGAUCAACAACCACUGGAGGAUCAACAACCACUGGAGGAUUAACAACCACUGCAGGAUCAACAACCACUGGAGGAUCAACAACCACUGGUGGAUCAACAACCACUGCAGGAUCAACAACCACUGGAGGAUCAACAACCACUGGAGGAUCAACAACCACUGGAGGAUCAACAACCACUGGAGGAUCAACAACCACGGGUGGAUCAACAACCACUGGAGGAUCAACAACCACUGGUGGAUCAUCAACUACGGAAGGUGUGACAAGCCCCAGAGAUUCAUCAAUAACUGGAGGUUCAGCCACAACUGGUAGUUCAACAAUGACUCAACGGUCAUCAACCACUGGAGUUUCAACUACCACUGGAGGAUCGACAACUGGCAGUUCUACAACAACUGGAGGAUCAACAGCUGGAGGGUCAACAACAGCUGGGGGAUCAACAACCACAGAAGGAUCAACUACUGGAGGGUCAGUAACAACAGCAGUGUCAACAUUAAACGUGGAAUCAACAACCACUGGAGGAUCAACAACAACAGGAAGUUCAACAACAGGAGUAUCAACAACAACAGGAGGAUCAACAACCACUGGAGGAUCAACAACAACAGGAGGAUCAACAACCACUGGAGGAUCAACAACCACUGGAGGAUCAACAACCACUGGAGGAUCAACAACCACUGGAGGAUCAACAACCACUGAGGGUUUAACAGCUGGAGGUUCAACAACCACUGGAGGAUCAACAACCACUGGAGGAUCAACAUCAACAGGAAGUUCAACAACAGGAGUAUCAACAACAACAGGAGGAUCAACAACCACUGGAGGAUCAACAACAACUGGAGGAUCAACAACCACUGGAGGAUCAACAACCACUGGAGGAUUAACAACCACUGCAGGAUCAACAACCACUGGAGGAUCAACAACCACUGGUGGAUCAACAACCACUGCAGGAUCAACAACCACUGGAGGAUCAACAACCACUGGAGGAUCAACAACCACUGGAGGAUCAACAACCACUGGAGGAUCAACAACCACGGGUGGAUCAACAACCACUGGAGGAUCAACAACCACUGGUGGAUCAUCAACUACGGAAGGUGUGACAAGCCCCAGAGAUUCAUCAAUAACUGGAGGUUCAGCCACAACUGGUAGUUCAACAAUGACUCAACGGUCAUCAACCACUGGAGUUUCAACUACCACUGGAGGAUCGACAACUGGCAGUUCUACAACAACUGGAGGAUCAACAGCUGGAGGGUCAACAACAGCUGGGGGAUCAACAACCACAGAAGGAUCAACUACUGGAGGGUCAGUAACAACAGCAGUGUCAACAUUAAACGUGGAAUCAACAACCACUGGAGGAUCAACAACAACAGGAAGUUCAACAACAGGAGUAUCAACAACAACAGGAGGAUCAACAACCACUGGAGGAUCAACAACAACAGGAGGAUCAACAACCACUGGAGGAUCAACAACCACUGGAGGAUCAACAACCACUGGAGGAUCAACAACCACUGGAGGAUCAACAACCACUGGAGGAUCAACAACCACUGGAGGAUUAAUAACCACUGCAGGAUCAACAACCACUGAGGGUUUAACAGCUGGAGGAUCAACAACCACUGGAGGAUCAACAACCACUGGAGGAUCAACAACCACUGGAGGAUCAACAUCAAGAGGAAGUUCAACAACAGGAGUAUCAACAACAACAGGAGGAUCAACAACCACUGGAGGAUCAACAACCACUGGUGGAUCAUCAACCACUGCAGGAUCAUCAACUACGGAAGGUGUGACAAGCACCGGAGAUUCAUCAAUAACUGGAGGUUCAGCCACAACUGGUAGUUCAACAAUGACUCAACGGUCAUCAACCACUGGAGUUUCAACAACAACUGGUGGAUCGACAACUGGCAGUUCUACAACAACUGGAGGAUCAACAGCUGGAGGGUCAACAACAGCUGGGGGAUCAACAACCACAGAAGGAUCAACUACUGGAGGGUCAGUAACAACAGCAGUGUCAACAUUAGAUGUGGAAUCAACAACCACUGGAGGAUCAACAGGAAGUUCAACAACAGGAGUAUCAACAACAACAGGAGGAUCAACAACCACUGGAGGAUCAACAACAACUGGAGGAUCAACAACCACAGGGGGAUCCACAAUGACUGCAGGAUCAACAACCACUGGAGGAUUAACAACCACUGGUGGAUCAACAACCACUGGUGGAUCAACAACCACUGCAGGAUCAACAACCACUGGAGGAUUAACAACCACUGGUGGAUCAACAACCACUGAGGGUUUAACAGCUGGAGGUUCAACCACAACUGGAGGUCCAACAACCACUGGAGGAUCAACAACAACUGGAGGAUCAACAACAACUGGAGGAUCAAUAACCACUGGAGGAUCAACAACAACUGGAGUAUCAACAACCACUGGAGCAUCAACAACAACAGAAGUAUCAAUAACAACUGGAGGUUCAACAACCACUGAAGCCCCAAUAAUUACCCCUCCAGUUUUUGUUUUCACCGCAGUGAUAAUACAGAUAUUUAUUCCUGCUUAUAAUGAUAAUACCUCACCCGAAUAUCAAGCACUUGAGACCGAAGUUGUGAUAACGUUGAACGCAAUCUACACAGCUAAAUUUGGCGAACGGUUCAUUCGGACAAUUGUCAUCGGAUUCAGGAUCCCUGCGACUCGAUCGACCAAUACGGAAGCAGAAGUAGAGCUUGAGUUUCAGCCAACUACUUCGUCACAACCGAUCCCACAGGCUGACGAUGUUCGAAGUACCCUGGUCGAAGGACUGAACAACCCAAACAUAACCUCUAACCUCACUGUAGAUACGGAAAGCAUUACGAUCACAAAAACUCCAACUACUACAACAACUACCAGUUCUCCAACGACUACUGCAGGAUUAUCAACAACCACUGGAGGUUCAACCACCACAGGAGGAUCAACCACCACUGGAGGAUCAACAACCACAGGAGGAUCAACAACCACUGGAGGAUCCACAAUGACUGCAGGACAAACAACAACGGCAGGAUCAACAACCACUGGAGUAUCAACAACCACUGGAGGAUCAACAACCACUGGAGGAUCAACAACCACUGGAGGAACAACAUCUACUGAAGUAUCAACAACAGCUGGAGGAUCAACAACCACUGGAGGAUCAACAACCACUGGAGGAUCAACCACCACUGGAGAAUCAACAACCACUGGAGGAACAACAUCUACUGAAGUAUCAACAACAGCUGGAGGAUCAACAACCACUUCAGUAUCAACAACCACUGGAGGAUCAACAACCACUGGAGGGUCGACAACCACUGGAGGAUCAACAACCACUGCAGGAUCAACAACCACUGCAGGAUCAACAAGCACUGAAGGAUCAACAACCACUGCAGUACCAACAACCACUGGAGGAGCAACGACCACUGGAGUAUCAACAACAGUUGGAGGAUCAACAACCACUGCAGUAACAACAACCACAGCAGUACCAACAACCACUGGAGAAUCAACAACCACUGGAGAAUCAACAACCACUGGAGGAUCAACCACCACUGCAGUACCAACAACCACUGGAGGAGCAACAACCACUGGAGCAUCAACAACCACAGAAGGGUCGACAACCACUGGAGGAUCAACAACCACUGGAGGAUCAACAACCACUGGAGGAUCAACAACCACUGGAGUAUCAACAACCACUGGAGGAUCAACAACAACUGGAGGAUCAACAACAACUGAAGCCCCAAUAAUUACCCCUCCAGUUUUUGUUUUCACCGCAGUGAUAAUACAGAUAUUUAUUCCUGCUUAUAAUGAUAAUACCUCACCCGAAUAUCAAGCACUUGAGACCGAAGUUGUGAUAACGUUUAACGCAAUCUACACAGCUCAAUUUGGCGACCGGUUCAUUCGGACAAUUGUCAUCGGAUUCAGGAUCCCUGCGACUCGAUCGACCAAUACGGAAGCAGAAGUAGAGCUUGAGUUUCAGCCAACUACUUCGUCACAACCGAUCCCACAGGCUGACGAUGUUCGAAGUACCCUGGUCGAAGGACUGAACAACCCAAACAUAACCUCUAACCUCACUGUAGAUACGGAAAGCAUUACGAUCACAAAAACUCCAACUACUACAACAACUACCAGUUCACCAACGACUACUGCUGGAUUAUCAACAACCACUGGAGGUUCAACCACCACAGGAGGAUCAACAACCACUGGAGGAUCCACAAUGACUGCAGGACAAACAACAACGGCAGGAUCAACAACCACUGGAGGAACAACAUCUACUGAAGUAUCAACAACAGCUGGAGGAUCAACAACUACUGGAGGAUCAACAACCACUGGAGGAUCAACAACCACUGGAGGGUCGACAACCACUGCAGUACCAACAACCACUGGAGGAUCAACCACCACUGCAGUACAAACAACCACUGGAGCAUCAACAACCACUGGAGGAUCAACAACCACUGGAGGAUCAACAACCACUGGAGGAUCAACAACCACUGGAGCAUCAACAACCACUGGAGGAUCAACAACCACUGGAGGAUCAACAACCACUGCAGUACCAACAACCACUGGCGGUCCAACAACAACCGCUUUAAUCGCAACUCCUAAUCCAGUUGUAGUUUUCACGGCCACAAUAGAAGAGGCAUUCAUUCCACCUUAUGAGAAUAGUUCUACGACCGAAUAUAAAGCGCUUGAAAGCACAGUUGUGACAGUGUGUGACACGAUCUUCUUUGCAGAAUUUUCCAGCCGAUUCAUUCGUACAAGACUCAUCUCGUUUCGACGAGGAACUGCUAGGGUACGAACGGAUAGGCCUAAUACCGAGGCAGAAGUAGAGCUACAGUUUCGGCCAACUGGUACACCAGCAGAGGUCCCAGCGGCUGAUGUAAUUCGAAUUACCCUGGUCAAUGGACUGAACAACCCGAACAUUACAACUAACCUCACCAUAGAUACUGACAGCAUUAACAUACGAGACCCAAAUGCUCCUACGACCACUGGAUCACCAACGACUGCUGCUCCGACUGCCGCUGUGACGGCCCCCGCUGGGCCCGUUGCCACCGCUGCACCACAACUCACUUCCCGGCAGGUGGUGUUCAGAUCGGCAGGAGAAACCUUCACGAAUGAUCUAUUGAACUCAUCUUCUGCUGCGUUUAUUGCUCGGGCAACGCUCUUAACAACACAACUCGAACCCUUUUUCCGUCGGAGUUUUGGCUCCUUUAACAGCAUAAACGUGGUAUCAUUCAGCGAUGGGUCGAUCAUCAACACCCUAAACGUUUUCUUCAAGUCAAACUCAGUUCCUGAUGGCCUUCAGAUUUUAAAUGUGUUCACCACUGCAGCGCAAAGCAUCACAGCCUUCAACAUUGAGACCAGCAGUAUAACUGUGCAGGGCCUAACAGUUUCAGUUUCAGUUUCAACCGGAGUCCCCCACAAGAGCAGUGUCCUCACUGCAUUAGUGUUAGUGGCUCUAUCCUGGUGUCUCAGACAGAGUUAGUGUCGGUUUGUCCAUCUGCCUCAACCUUGGGAUGCACGAUAAAUGUAUAAUUAUAUAAAAAUGUCUGAUUAAUUAUCGGACCGACAGGAGGUGUUGAUUGGAUAUAUUGGGGUGUAUUAAAGAAGGUAUGCAUAGUCCAAAUUAUAUGUAAUAAAGGAGUUAAUGUACGAUAAAUGUGACUUUCUCAGGUAAGGAAUUAAUACUGGAUGGGCGUUGAAGGAUAAGAAAGAUUUCCAUUGAUUCAAGUUAUCAGUGCGAUGCAUCUCGGCCUAUUCAUUUGGAUUAUUCAACCAUAUUGUAUUUUGUGAGAUUAUAUUGCCUUAAAUACCAUUAUCCUUAUAAAUGAAGCCAUCGUUAUGUUUUUCUUUUUUAAUUUUUUGCACAAGUAGGAUCAAGCAAUAAAACGAAUAAUAACACA